UUUCUUAACAGCGGCACUAUUGACAUUUUGGGCUGGAUGAUUAUUUGGUGUGGCGGCUGUUAUGUGCUUUGUAGGAUUUUAGCAGCAUUGGGGCCACCACUCACUAGAUGCUGAUAGGACAGCCUUCCUCACCCCCGAGUCGUGAAAUCAAAAAUGUCUCUAAACCUUGCCAAACGUGCUCUUGGAGACAAAAUCCCUUCCGAUUGAGAAUCACUGGGUAAGGAGGAGGCUGACAGGCCUCCGGUCCCAGAGGGUGCAAGGACCAUCCUGUAGGGUUCGUUCACAGAAUAUUCAAGCCGCGGAGCCUCCGGCAGGCGAGCCUUAUGCAGAUGAGCGGCAGGUUUGGCUAGGAGGCGGGCGGCCCUAUGCAGAUGAGGGGGCGGCGCCUGCAUGUUGAUAAGCUGGGCCCGCUGCCGACGCUGCUGGGCGCCUAGCGGGUCCCGCUGCGGUUUAGGCUGAAGUAGCAUCCCUCUCCCGCCCCCCUCGUCCCUGGGUUCCUGCCUUCUGAGGACUGUCCUCGACCUUUACCCUCAUCCAUUUCCCCGGCCUUACUCCCUGCUCCAUUGCCCCCCGUAACUGAAUAUCUCCACUCCUGGAGCCCCCAGCGUUUCUCCCCUCCCGCAGCAAACCUCGCGACCUCCAACAGCCCGCCCCCGCGGCCCGAUCUUGCCUGGCAGAUCUCGCCGCAGCCUCCCCGGUCUUCCCGCUCUCCCGGGGCUCGCCCCACUACGCCGCCGGGUUGUCAGCCCUUGAGCUUCCCUGCUCCCUCCUCCCACCCCUUGAAGCCCCCUCCCCCGCCCUGGCCAGCCGGCAUGCAGGUGUCUAUCGCGUGUACCGAGCAGAACCUUCGCAGCCGGAGCAGUGAGGACCGUCUAUGUGGACCCCGGCCGGGUCCCGGGGGCGGUAAUGGCGGGCCAGUCGGCGGGGGGCACGGGAAUCCUCCGGGGGGUGGAGGUUCGGGCCCCAAGGCCAGAGCUGCACUGGUUCCUCGACCCCCAGCGCCUGCUGGGGCCCUCCGAGAGAGCACCGGCCGAGGCACUGGCAUGAAAUACAGGAACCUGGGAAAGUCUGGUCUUCGGGUAUCCUGUCUUGGCCUGGGUACCUGGGUCACAUUUGGUUCUCAGAUCUCAGAUGAGGCAGCGGAGGAUGUGCUGACAGUAGCCUAUGAGCAUGGUGUAAAUCUGUUUGACACCGCUGAAGUGCAUGCAGCAGGAAAGGCUGAAAGAACCCUAGGCAACAUCCUCAAGAGCAAAGGUUGGAGGAGAUCAAGCUAUGUCAUCACCACCAAGAUUUUUGGGGGAGGACAGGCAGAAACUGAGAGAGGCUUGAGCCGCAAACACAUCAUUGAAGGCUUGCGAGGAUCUCUGGAACGCCUCCAGCUGGGAUACGUGGACAUUGUCUUUGCCAAUCGCUCAGACCCCAACAGUCCUAUGGAAGAGAUUGUACGAGCCAUGACAUAUGUCAUCAACCAGGGCCUGGCCCUAUACUGGGGGACAUCCCGAUGGGGGGCCGCAGAAAUCAUGGAGGCCUACUCCAUGGCCAGACAGUUCAAUCUGAUUCCUCCCGUGUGUGAACAAGCUGAGCACCACCUGUUUCAGAGGGAGAAGGUGGAGAUGCAGCUGCCAGAGCUCUACCACAAGAUUGGUGUUGGCUCAGUCACCUGGUGCCCUCUGGCCUGUGGGCUCAUUACUAGCAAGUAUGAUGGGCAAGUCCCAGAUACCUGCAGGGCCACCAUUAAGGGCUACCAGUGGCUCAAGGACAAAGUAAAGAAUGAGGAUGGCAAGAAGCAACAAGCCAAAGUCAUGGACCUUCUGCCCAUUGCUCACCAGCUGGGCUGCACUGUGGCUCAGCUUGCUAUUGCGUGGUGUCUCCGCAGUGAGGGUGUUAGCUCGGUCUUGCUGGGGGUGUCCAGUUCAGAGCAGCUGAUUGAACACCUGGGUGCUCUACAGGUGCUGAGCCAGCUGACCCCGCAGACGGUGAUGGAGAUAGACGGGCUCCUGGGUAACAAGCCGCAUUCCAAGAAAUAGUCCGUCGGGGGCGCAGGGACCCAAUCCAGAGCCGCUGAAGCUACCCUAGAACCACGUUCUCGCAGCUGCCUCUUUCCCUCUCUGGAUCCCUCCCCGCAGCGGCCAGAGCCAGGGUAGCCCCGCCCACUAACGAGUCCCAGCUUCGUGUAGCGAUACGCAUGAACAAAGCCAUAUCCUUCCGCAGUGGAGCUGCAGAGAGAAAGUAGUCCGCCCGCCACCUGCUGCGUCCUCCUGGCCUUGCAAAUCCUGGGCAUGAGCUACUCGCCAUCCGCUCUCUGCCACUUGGUCUCGCUCCCUUCUCUCUUCCUCCUAUUGUCGAAGCCCAGGGAAAAACCGCCUGAUACAGGAAACAUGCGGAGUACCUCAAAAAGGGGCCCUCGAAAUGUUAUCAAGGGGUAAUAAUUUAGUGAGUUGUGAUGUCCUCUGGGACAUAGGAAAUGGCGUUCUUAUGUUAUUCGGUACAAAGGAAGCCAGGCUGGUCCUGGCAGGAAGUAAAUGAUAACCUUUGGGAAAGCAGGACUCUGCCUGCCAGUCCAGAGAUGGAAGGCUUACAACUAGAACUAGUGUAAUACUUUGUUCUUGGGAGAGGGUGGUAAGGGUGGGGACUACGGUAACACAGCACUGACAAAGGUAGAGGGAAGUUUGACAGCAGGUGUACAGUGUGGCCUGGCAAAAGUGGCCAAGGUGGCCCCUGGAAAAUAGUUGGGCUGUAUUUUGCAGGAAUUAGUAACAGCCUUUGGGUCAUGGGCAGAGACAUAGGACUGAUAUAAAAAGGUCUAGGGAUAGAUUUUGAGCCUUGAGCGGGACUGCCUACCUGGCAAUGGAGGAUUGGGUCUACCUCCCAGCAAUAACCCUAAAGCAAUAAUGAUGGCCUCUCUUCUGUAAUACUUCCCAGGGAACUGUAAAUAAAAUCUCAGUUGAUCCUCA